CUUUUUUUUCCUCGCCAGCCUCCUCCUCCUCCUCCUCCCCCUUGUUGAGUGCCAUUUGAGUCAUCCGAUUACAGUGCGUUGCUGCUUGGAGAGAGCUCUUCUUUUUUCAGAUUUUGUUCGUGGUUGGCACCUUCAAUCUUGCUGAGAGUUCGUUAAUCCAUGUAUACUUGCAAAUGUAAUUUUGAGAUGUAAUCGUGAGGUUCCUCAAUUCUAGCCAGCCAAACAAAAGCUACAGCGGAAGGGAUCGAGAAGAAGGAAUCGGGUGGUUGGAGGGGAUCAACCCAUUCCCCGCUUGGAUUGUUUCUCUUAUGGAUGUUCUCCAGUGAGGAACUCAUGGCAACGGAAGGAGUACGCUGGUCAUAUGGUCAGAAGACAGUGGCUGGCAGCACGAGGAGGAGCUCGUCAGAUAGAUGGGGUAUUGCCCGUACGCCCAUGAAAAUGUUGAUAGCACAGGAGAUGGCUAAGGAGGGGGACAUGAAUCAGAAGACCACUAACGUUGUAGCAAGGCUGAUGGGUCUUGAUAAUGAUGUGUAUCUUCCUAAGCCUGUUGUGCCUUCAAAUAGGAGGAAUUUCCCGGAUGGACAUUUGUCUGCCACAUUGGCGAGAGUUAACAACCAAAUGUCAUUUGAGAAGCAGACAAGUUCUGUUGAAGAUGUGGAAUAUAAAGCUGUCUAUGAAGUUGGAUACCAGCCACCAAAGGGUGAACGUUUGCGCAAUGAAUGUCCACGAGGGAGGCCAAAUGAAGAUCAUGACAAGAGAAGAAUGGAUCUUGUUCGGCAAAAAUUCGUUGAAGCAAAGCGGCUAGCAUCGCAUGAUAAUCUCCUCCAGUCGAAGGAAUUCCACGAUGCUCUUGAAGUUCUGAAUUCAAAUAAAGAUUUGUUUCUCAAAUUUCUCGAAGAACCUAAUUCACUAUUUGCAAAGCAAUCUGGACAACUUCAUUCUGCACCAACAUCACCUCAGAGAAAGCACAUUACUGUGUUAAAACCCUCCAAAUCAGUGGAGAUGAAGGGCAACAAAGUAAUUAAAAGGCAGAAAAACCAUACAGUUGAUGGAAACAGAUUGGAUAGGAGUAAUCUUCAAAACUCUGAUGCUGGUCAUGCCAAAGAAGAAAAGCUUCCGAAGCACACCAGGAUAGUGGUCUUGAAACCUAGCUCAACAAUUACUUCCAUGGAGCAGUUUGAGCAAAAUUAUCAUGUCGAUCUAGAUGAUUCUGAAGCACUUGUUAUAUCAAGGCAUGUGAGUGAUGAGAUAACUUGGUCAGUUCAGGACAUGUUUCGUCAUCAUGAUGAUUCUUUGCAAGGUUGCAUGCAAUCAAAUUUGUUCAGCACAGAUAGAUCAUAUCAUGAGUAUUCUGAAGAAGAGGGCACUAGCUUGAGUGACUCGGAGAUUGGAACUCCAACAUCACAUCAUUCUUGGGAUUACAUCUACCCGUUUAGCAAUCCUUGUUUGAGGCCAUCUAUAAUCCAAGCUUCUUGUUCUCAUGAGUCACUGGCAACUAGGGAGGCUAAGAAACAUACGUCUGACAGGUGGGCAACUGCACCAUCUAAUGAGAUCGGCCGAGAAAUGGUGCUAAUGCGAAGGAGCUUAAGCACACUUGGUGAAAUGCUUGCCAUGCCUGAUUUGAUUAAAGAAGAGCUUUCUGAUCAAGUGCCCCUUCAUGCUACCAACCAGUUGUGCAGCAAUGAACCGAGACUUGGUGUACCGUCUAAUUGUUAUGUUGACGAUGGUGAGGGAGAAAGCUCCCUCAGGAAAAUAUCAAGGUCAAGAUCUGUUCCGUUCUCUUCAUCAACUUUUGACAGCCUACGUUUAGAUGGUGGACGUUCAGAUAAAGAACGUGCAGCGCCCAAGGAGGAGAUCAAACCUAAGAAUGGGAAAUCAUCUUUGAAGGGCAAGAUCUCAAGUUACUUCUCAAAACGUAAGAAAGUAGAAAAAGAGAAGGAUACCUCAUCUCCCUUGGGGACCUCGAAUGGCCGUGUUCCAUUGGCCAGUAAUGCAGCACUUAUUAACUCAAAUGUAUCCCAACCUGUUUGUACUAGGUUACAACAUGAUGCUGCUUUGGAAAAUUUAGAGGAUCAGUUUGAGAGUGGACCAACUGUAGUUCCGUUCAAUGAACUUGAAGCACCCUCCUCUUCGAAGUCUCCAAUUCCUCUCGAGAAAACCUUGCCAUUUGAGAUUCGGAAUUCCCACUUUGAUCAACCCAUCCCUACAUCAAUUCUUGAUGCACAAUUUGAGGAUGUUAAUGAGAAAUCCCCCAGUUCAUCUGAAAGUGCUAUUAUUGCUAAACAAGAACCUCUGUCAAGGUCUCUUCCGAUCGGAUCAAUUGCACGGACCUUAUCUUGGGAUGAUGCUUCUCAAGAGGCUCCAAUGUGUUCUACCAAAGGAGAUAGCCAUGAGCAAGAGCAGUAUGAGUUCAUUGAGAAGGUUCUAUCAUCUGCUGGCUUCUGUAAUGAGAAGACCCACACCAUCUUUGUUCGGUGGCAUUCACUCGAUCGCCCUAUGGACCCAACUGUGCUUAACCAAUUGUUGGAACGCAAGAUGGAGGAUGCCAAGUGCAGAGAGAGGCGGUCAAACCAGAGACUCCUGAUUGAUUCUGUCAAUGCUGCCCUGCUGGACAUUGGCCAAAAUAAACUUUGGGGUGCAUACCCUUGCACUGAACGGCAUGCUAAUGCACAGAGAGUUGCUACAUGUGAUGUGCUGGUAAAUGAUGAAGUGUGGAGGUUAGUAAAAAGUUGGCUCUUUGAUGAUGAUAAGAAUAUUGCUGAUGGGGGAGACAAUGCAGGCCUUGUAGCAGAUUGGGUUUUAGGUAGGGAGAUUCAUGGCAAAGGAUGGUCCGAAAUGCUACGCCUGGAGAUGGAUGAAAUCUGCAAGGAGAUUAGCGGGGAGGUCCUGAGCACGUUGGUUGCAAGGCCACCUGCAAUGAGGAGGUGAAUUAAAAAUGCCCAGGCAAGCAGCAAGUUCCAUUGACAUUCUAGGGAAUAACAGUUCUUCGUUGAUGUGAGGGGGAAUCCUUGCAUUCUUUUUAUGGAUCCAAUGGCCAAUCUCCUAGGUAUGCUUUCAAAAUGCUUUUUUGCCUUGCUUAGUAGUACUACUAGUAGUAUCUAUUAGGCUAGUGUUUCCCUUCUAAGUGUUGUCACUUGUGUGCCAGCUUGGUGCUAUGGUUUGCACGUUGUGGUCCCUUGAUGUGAACUGUAGCCUGUAGUGAUCUGUUGAGCGCUGGUCGCUGGGCCUCUCAUGGUCCUACAUAUGUUGGUCCUGGAUGUAUGCUCUAUCAUAGAUAGCUUUAAAGAAAGUCCAUAUGGGAAGUUGUUUGUUGGCCAAAAAACUAUGGGUUUGGGAUGGAUCUGGAAGUUAUAUCACGAACGGGAGUCCUUGUGGUGUCAACUAAUGUAUAAGAAGUAAAUGUCAGAAGGAGAUUUCUACCGAGCCAAUCGUUGAGGUGGCUCGUAAUUUUGGCGAAGUUUACUACAAUUCAAACACUGAUUUAAUUGGGGAGCAGUGCCCGAAGUUAACAAUGGCAGGAGUACAGAAUUUUGAAGGAUAUUUGUGUGGGACAUUCACCUCUGAAACUCCAUUUUCCUCUUCUUUUUGAGGUAUGUUCUGCUCCUGAUAUUUUGUUUUGUGGUCGCUUCAAUGGGGGAGUUGUGGAAUAUUGGUUUUAGUUGGUUUUUUGGAGUGGGAGGAAUUGAUGGAUGCACUCUCAGAUUUUGAGUUGAAUCAGGAGUAGGAUGAAAUUGCAUGGGCCUUGGAGAAAAAAUGGUUGCUUCUUUAUUUAUUUUUUUAUCUGAUCGGUGGCUUCUUUAAUUUGGAGGUGUCUUCUAGAGUUCACAUGCAGCAGCUGUGGAGGGUUGAAGUGCCUGCCUUCGAAAAUAAAGAUCUUCAUGUGGAAAUUGUACAAUGGUAAGAUCCACCCUGGGGAUCAACUUGAGAAGAGAUAGGGUCCAGGUAGGUGAUGGAUGGUAAUUGCAUUAUUUGUAGAGUAAGUGAGAAUGUUGAUCUUAUCAUGUUUUUAUUUAUGUCCUGCUGCUAUAUUCAUCUGGGCAUCUUUAAGUUUGAUCGAACUCCAAGAUUGGUUAAUGAUUCGAUCUGGCGGAUCAAUCGACAACGGAAGCAUUUCAGGGAGGCUUUGUGGUUUGGGAGUGCUGCUCUUUGCUGGACAUUGUGGAAUGCUCGGAACAAGAUGGUUGCAGAGCAUACGACUGACGGUGGUUGCUUGGAGCUGCACAAGCAGUGUGGUGAAAUACUCGAUGAUGGCCCAUAACCAUCUGUGCAGCUCCAGGCGGCCGUACAAACUGAUUUCUUUUCCACAGAAAGAAUUGGAAAGCCGUUCUGAUUUUCUGAAGCCGGCAGACCAGGACGCCAUCAUCGAAGACUUGACAUUUCAUCUUUUACCUUUUUGCUAAUAAGAAUGCUGGCUGUUAGGGAGUUCCAAUACGCUGCAAUAUGAUCUCUCCCUGUAAAAGCUGGUCUGUCCCUGCUCGUUUGCUGUUCUUUUGUAUCAGUACCUGAAUUCUAAGCUUUCUUAAUAUGAUGUUUUAUUUCAGUGUUUCA